ACGUUGUGGAACAAGAUGGCUCCGUUUGUUUUGUGAAGGGGGUUCUGACGGUUCAGCUCAGCGAUGCGGACAGGCCCGGUUUGGGGUAUUUUGGGGUGUUUUCAGGGUCGGUUUUAAGGCUAAAACACACCCCCACUCCUCAAACACACAGGCAGAGCGGGCACCGCCUCCUCUGCUGCCCGACCCGCCCGGGGAGACACCGGAACCGGGGACGCCGCUGGUAUGGACGGCGGAGAGUACCUGUCAGCCAUGGAGAACAUGGACCCGACCCUGUCCGAGCUGGGGGACGAGUUCACCCUCGGGGAUAUCGACGAGAUGCUGCAGUUUGUGAGUAAUCAGGCUGAUUUUCCGGACCUGUUUGAGGAUCAGGUGGGCUCGGUGCCAGUGCAGGCUGGAGUGGUGGCCCCCAUUCACUCUUCAGUUCAUCUGCCCCCUGCUGGACUCCAGAAUAACCCAGUUACUCUCACACCCAUUGCCCCUACCCCUGCACCGGCCCCCUUCCUGCCCCUCACACCUCCACACACGCCUGUACAGACCAUCACCGCCAGUCAGCAGACUCGCACCCCACCUCUACUGCAGCCACGCCCACAGCCCCAGCAACACAUACAGGUGGCCGCUACUCCAAUGCCUCUGCAUACGCAGACGGUGACUGUGCAGUCUCAGAGCUUCCCAGUGCAGACGCUGGCUGUUCAGGCUCACACUCAGACGCUCCCGGUGCACACGCAGGCCCAGACGGUGAUGAUCGCUCCCACAGCGACGCAGUCACGAUUCAUACAGAACCAAGUCAUCUGCCACCAGAACCCCAGCGCUGGAUUCCAGGUCCUCCAACCACAGAUGCAGAGCAUUGUGACAUCACCACAGGUUCAGCCAAUGACCAUCCAGCACCAGCGCGUGUUGACCCCUGCUGGUCAAACCAUCCAGACACUGUCCACAGCGCCAACUACUGUCCACACCAUGUCACCGCAGGUUCAGCAAGUCCAACAGGUGCAGCAACUGCCUGUGUUGGUGCACCAGCCACAGAUUCUGAAGACGGAUUCAUUAGUGUUGACCACGCUGAAGCCAGAUGGAACCCAGGUCCUGUCCACCAUGCAGAACCCCGCCAGCAUCACCACAUUAACCACACCACUGCAGACGGCUCUGCAGGUCCCGACCCUGGUCGGCAGUAACAUCCUGACCACUGUUCCAGUUAUGAUGGGCAGUGGUGACAAGCUGCCAAUCAAACAGCUCCCGUCAGCUCCCACCCACAACGGUGGCAUAACCAGGACCGUGGUGGAGCCAGCGGCAACAGUUACAACAGUAGUGGGUGGCGUGGUGAAGGAGGGCGAGCGUAGGACGACCCACAACAUCAUUGAGAAGAGAUACCGGUCAUCCAUCAAUGACAAGAUCCUGGAACUGCGGGACCUGGUCAUGGGCAAUGAUGCCAAGAUGCACAAGUCAGGUGUGCUACGGAAGGCCAUAGACUACAUUAAGUACCUGCAGCAGGUGAACCACAAACUGAGGCAGGAGAACCUGGCACUGAAGAUGGCCAGCCAGAAACACAAGGUGGUGUGUAUACCAGAUGAUGUGGAGAUGAAGCCGGAUGUCUGUGUGAUGACUCCGCCCCCUUCAGACUCUGGUUCCAGUUCUCCUCCCCAGUUCUCUCCAUUCUGUCUGGACUCAGAGCCGGGCAGCCCCCUGCUGGAGCAUGAACCGGUAAAAAGUGAGCCGGCCUCCCCCUCCUCCCCCUCCUCCUCCGUGGGGGUGAUGGAUCGCUCCAGGGUGCUGCUUUGUGCACUGACGUUCCUCUGCCUCUCCCUCAACCCUCUGCCCUCUCUGCUGGGCUCUGAUGAGAACAACUCCCCCUCCUGGCCUGGAGGAGAAGGACACGGCCCCUCCAGAUCACUCGUCUGGCUGCCUGUACAGACUCAGAGCUUCGCGGCGUGGCUGUGGUGUGUGUUGCCGUGGGUGACUGUGUGGGUGCUGAGCGGGGUGGGCGUAGUCUGGGGGUGUGUGAGGAUCCUGUAUCUGUGGGAGCCGGUUACCCGCCUGCACUCCCCGACAUCAGUGCUGUUCUGGAGACACCGCAAACAGGCAGACCUACAACUUUACAGGGGGCAGUACAGUGCAGCAGUGGUCAGUUUAGAGACGUGUGUCUCCGUCUUGUCCCGAGCUCUGCCCUCCACCACUUUUGACCUCGCCUGCUCUCUUUCCUGGAAUCUAAUUCGCUAUGGCCUGCACAGGCCCGCCCCCUUUGGCUGGCUGGUGCGUCUGGUUGGCGGAAAGCACGAAGGGGAGGAGUCUCGGACCAGCUCCAGGGACGCAGCUCUGGUGUACCAUCGAUUGGGUCAGCUGCAGCUCACAGGUAAGAUGUCGGAGCGCAGUGCAUUGUGGGGGGUGUCUGUGUGUCUGAACGCAGUUAAUCUGAGUGAGAGCGCACAGGGGAAGAUGAACCCUACUGAGCAUGCUCAGAUUUACAUCUCUGCCGCCAUUGCCCUGCGAGCCGCACUCGGAAACCACCUCACCUGCCUGCCUGGAUAUCUGCUGAACUGUGCUGAGAGUCUUAUUGGUCAGUCAGAUUCUAAGACCCUCCCAGACAGCCUGCACUGGCUCUUCACCCCAUUGGGCCGGCAGUUUUUCCUGAGCUGUGAUUGGUCGGUGAAGCCGGACAGCAGUAGAGGAGUUUAUACAUCUGAGAGAGAGCAGGCGGAUCCAAUUGCACAGCUGCAUCGCUGUUUCUGUGAGAAGCUUUUGGAAAGAGCUGUACACACACUCAUCCAACCACACACUGACACUGAGACCAGCAAACGGCGAGAGGAGAAUGGAGAGUUCAGUGGAGUGUUGGAGUUCCUGCAGUUGCUGAACAGUUGUACUGAAGACUCCGCCUCCCCGACGCCACCCUUCCCUGCUCUGGCCAAUCACAGCUCGACCCCAGUGGUAGACCCUGUGUGCCGCUGGUGGUCGUCUAUCCUGAAAGCAUCGGUUCACUGGCUGCAGGGUGAUGACGCGUCUGUGAGGUCACUGCUGGCGGAAGCAGAGCGAAUGCCCAGAGCACUGCACUCUAUAGAUCACCCGCUGCCGAAGGCCGUGCUGGCUCUGUGUAAGGCGGUACAGAUGAGUGUGUGUCCACAGAAGGGGGAGGGAACGCUGAGCUGCCUCACACACUGCGACCGGGCCAGUGCUUACCUGCGCACCAGCAUCGCACACACACACACCUACACCUGGCUGCACAAGGGAAUGGAGCUGCUGAUGUGUGACCUGCUGCUGACUCUGAGGACCAGCCUUUGGCAGCGUGGAGGCGGGGCUAAUGGAGAGCCAUGCCCGGCCCCUAGUUCACAAUUGGCAGGAUUCCAGAGGGACCUGAGCUCUCUACGUAAACUGGCACAGGGGUUCCCCCAAGCCCAGCACAAGGUUUUCUUGCAUGAAACGACAGUGAGGUUGAUGGCAGGAGCAAGUCCAACUCGUACACAUCAGCUGCUGGAGCACAGUCUGCGCAGGAGAACACAAACUUACUCAGAGGGUGUAUGUGUUGCAGGUGAAAGAGAGCGAGCUCAUGCCAUCCUGCUGGCCUUCAGCCACCUGCCCGUGCCCCUGCUGACCCCUCCUGGACACCGCGCCCGCAUGCUGGCAGAGGCCAAACGCACACUGGAGAGAGUGGGGGACCGCAGGACCCUCACAGACUGCCAGAACAUCCUGCUGAGAGGGACCACCAUCACAUCAUAGACACACACAAAAACAUAUAUACACACACAAACACACAUCUGUAAUAUAAACUGUACAUACUGGAGUGUCUGAGCUUCUCCCAGUGCAUCUCAUAUCUGCUGUAAUUGUUGCAGGAUGUUUCUCUGCAAGAUUUAUAUUCAUAUUAAUUUCUGAGAUAUGGAGGCUUUAAAUGGGAGUUUUUUUUUUUGCCUUAGAGCUACAGAAUGAAGACAGGUGUCCAAUUAAGAAAUCUGAUAAAAAAAAAGGCUGAAUAAUCCUCUGGAGUAUUCUGGGAUUUCUUAGUCUGCACAUGAGUGAUGACAGAUCGUGUUAGUGGAAAUAAGCAAGCAGCUGUGAGAUGAUGUUCAAAAACUUUUAGAACAAUGCUGAAUCUGAAGGAUUUAAAUAAUCAUUUUCUGGCUGAUUUAUGAUCAUAUUGCAGGAUGAUUUGUAACAUACUAUAUAUAUAAAUUUAAGGUAGAGAACACCUUAAAUCCUCCAUAUCUCAGAGACUAAUGAAGACACGCGCCGGACAUUCUGCGCACUGUCCACCCAGCCCUGCUUCACCACACACUUCUGAACUAAAGUCUGAAUUAAAGCUGGAAAUUACUGGGGAUGCACCGAAUAUUCAACUUCCAAAAUUAUUCACCAGAAAAUGACUUUCAUUGAUUGUUUGAUCAAACAGAUGUAUAACAAAUAGACAGUGAUGACUUCAUAAUUAAUUAAUUAUAAGCUACAGGUAUAUUGUGCUUUGUUGGUAUGUCUGCUGGGAAAUCAAAUAUUUAAAGAUAUCUGUUUAGGCUAUGUAAUUUAUUAAUUUGUGAAAAGUUGGCAAAUGUAUUGAAAACCUGUAAAAUAACGUUCAGUCUUCAGUGCAUCCCCAGAAAUUACAAAUUUAUAAUUCAGAAAGUAGAUUUUUUGGUCUGGAAGUUUAAGGGAGGAUCACACAAUCCACACAUAGAAAGUUUGAUUAGCAUUUGAAUUCGUUUAGCCCAGUGUGUCUUUAUCUACCUCACACACACAAACACACACAAAAACACACAAUAAACAAUCCUUAAUUAUCCUUUACAUUUUGCAUGAAAACACACACACAGACAUAAAAUACACAAACAGAGCAGGAAUCUCAGUAUAUACAGUAAUUCUGAUUUAAUUCUGUACUUUAUAGAUAUUAUUAUACCACAACACCCUUAUUUAUUCAUAAUUACCACCAACACACACACACACAGAUCUGUCUGUAUAUAAGGUGUAUAUAGCAGUGUAGAGACCAAAGUGUUCAGUAAAGCUUAGUGGGGUCAAUUCACCUGUACGUAUAAACACACACACACACACACACAGGACGGGGUUAGGUGUACAGGUAGAUGUGAGCUUUGUUGAACUCUUACAUAUUUACUUUUUUUUAUUAUUAUUCUGCUUUCUAAAGGGGUUUUGUUGUUUUGUUUAUUUGUUUGUUGUCUGAGUAUAAUAGCUGUUUUUGGGAAGAUCGAACACCUCAGUCAGUCAGAAUUUUAUUUUGCUCAUUUGUUGUUUCUUUUGUUUUAGUUUUUUUUUCUUUAAUGAGGUGUUUAAAUCUGAUUUGUCGGUUCAGAUUGAAGAACGUCUGACCAGAUCAGAUCAGCUCUAAAUGUAAUUACAUGUUAUUGUUCUAAAUAAAAGGCUUGUGUGUGUGCGUGUGCGUGCGUGCGUAUGUGUGUGCGUGUGCGCGUGCGUGUGUGUGAGAAGCCCUAUAAUAAAGUGAUAAGGCUGGGUGGAGUUUCUGAUGGGUGAAGUUAUUCUAAGCUCCUGUUUUACGCUUCCCUUUAAAUCUUUUUGAACUUUUUCCUCUUUAUUUUGUUUUGUAAUAAAACUGCAGAAUUAUUCAACAGCA